AUGUUUAUUUUUUUGAUGCUCUUUAAUUGUCUUUCCAUUAGGUCAUUAUUCUUGACCACUGAUCUAACAAACUCGCGAAAUCUUAUCCGGUAUAGUCUGGCUGAGGGAGCUAUUCAAAAUAUCAACGAUAAUCCACCUGGAAUUGGAACACAUCUUGCUGUUGAUACCGUGAACAGAAGUGUAUACUGGAUUCUUUUUACGGCAGAGACGUCUUAUAAAAUAUACAAAACGACAUAUGAUGGUCAAACAUCGCAGAUUGGAUCUGAUCAAGUGGGAAGCGUUACCACUGUAGAUAUUGCAGAGGGGGAUGGAUACUUUUAUAUUCUUGAUUCAAUGACGUCCGAAGUUAGCAAAUAUAAUAAAGCAACGGAGAUACUAGUCAACACGAUUUCACUUUCACCUGGAGCAGAGCGAAUGAUUGUUGUUGCCGGUAAGUGAUAAAUAAUGUAAAGUGUCUAAGAAAUGCGGUAGGUGUAUUCGUAAUUUUUACACAGCUAAUUAUAUGUAGACACCGAAAAUUACGAAAGGUACGAAUUCUAACACUAAUAUUAUUAAACUUAGUCUACUUGGAAGCAAUUUAGAAAAGAAACCUCUUGAAACUUAAUACAACUGACAAAUGAGUUCAAUAGUGUCUGUUGGUAAAACAGACUUUAGUUUAAGCAUACAACCAUAACAUAUUUAGUUUUACUUGGAGAAAUUUAAUAAUCUUUCUGGCGUCAUAAUCACAAUUAAUCUCAUUUUACAUAAAGGUUUUGAUGCCAAUUAAUAAUGACCAAGGUAAAUUUCAGGUGUCCGGCCUUCCUCAUGUCUCACUACACAUGCACGAAGUGGUGAAAUUAGAUUCAUUAACCGUCAAAAAUUCAUAUAAAUUUCUGAAGCUGAAUCGCCGAUAUACAUGUUUAUCACAAUAUACUUGUACCUUUAUCGGUUAGAAAGCAGCGAGACAUAAAAACGAUAUCGUCCCUGAUAACGCUUUUUGUCCCGGAAAUCGCCUUUUGUCCCGGAUAUCGUUUUUUGUCCCACUAGGUCAGGGCCUUUUUUAAGGAUUUUCCCGUGGGGGGGGGGCAUUUUUUGAAAAGGGACCUUUCUGUGAGGUAAUAUAUUAGAGGGGGAUAGCAACGGCUGAAGGCCACAUGUGUGGCCAGUAUACCACGCAUGAAUGGGGGGGGGGUCUGGGGUUGUACUCCCCCAGAAAAUUUUUGAAAUUUGAAUCUCGGAAAUGUUAUUUCCUGCAUUCUGAGCAUCCAAAGUUGCUCCAAAAUUAUUGCUAACUAUACUUGUAUUUGAAAUAAAUAAAUGAAAAAACGCACAAAAAGUUUUAAAAAAUUAACCAUCGUUUAUCAUUACUUAUUAGAGGAGGAUAGCAAUGGUCAUGUGUGUGGGGGUGUACUCCGGCAGAAAAGUUUUGAAAUUUGAAGCACGGAAAUGCCAUUUCCUGCAUUCUGAGCAUCCAAAUUUGCUCUAAAAUUUAUGCUAACUAUACUUGUAUUUGAAAUAAAAGAAGGGAAAAUGCACAAAAAGUAAAAAAGAAUAUUAACCGUAAUUUAUCAUUACUGAUUAGAGGCCGGAUAAUUCCCAGAAAAUUUUUGUAAUUUGGAACCCGGAAAUGCUAUUUCCUGCAUUCUGAGCAUCCAAAAAAUAAAAAAUUAUUAACAAUAAUUGGUGGUAGAAAAACGUAACAAUUUAAAUCGAUUUUGUUAACACAAGGACAACGGAUAAAGCCUAAUCGUUAAUAAACCUUUCCGUUAAUCUAUUUGUUAAUCUUCGCUGGUUUGUUUGUAUAAUUUUAGGGAAAAGGGACUUUUCCUGGGGGGGGAUGUGAUUUCGUGUGGGGCACAAGGGGGACUGGGGGUCAUUUGCUCCCCCCCCCCAGCUUAUAUGUUAAAAAAGGCCCUGCCGGCUAGGUUUCGCGCCUUGUCAAAACUAAGAUGACCGACUCGCAUUGAACUAUAAGUAAACUGGAAGGCUAACUCAGGGGGGGAUUGAAGUCGUGCUUUGUAGGUAGUGCCAGACCUUUUUUGCAAUUUUUUUUGAGAAAUACACUUUCUAUAUCGACAAAAUUCCGUUGUUCAACUGCUAAAAUAUUAGAGACCCAAUAAAAUUUGUCAAAAACCGCGCGAAAAUGUUUGGUUUUUCUGAGUUAUGCGAUUUUAUAAUACAAAUUAUGUAGAAAAAUAUUAGAUACAUUUGCAAAUUCAUUUUCAAGUACCCAUGACUUACUUUUGAUAGCUAAAAUAAGCAUUAUAAAAGCUAGUUUGACUGCAGCCAUAUACGUGCUCAUAUAAAUGCCCAACAAGAAGAUGCGAUGACGCUGAUGAAGGCUAAUAAAGGUUAAUGACGAAAAUCACAUCACUUGAAAAACUCAAUUUAUUCAUAUUUUAGAAGGAAUAAAACAAAGACUAAAAGUUCAGGAUAAAUAACAAUACCUGGGGUUAGUACAAACUAAGCUUUUGGACAGUCAGAAUGUUUUAUAGUAUAUUUUUUCGUGUUGAAGAGAGAGGUUUCCUUCGGCACGUCCAAACUUCGUCAUUUUUUCAAAAUACAAAUUAAGGUGGCUCAAUACACUUUUUAGCCAAAGCAGCAAAAGUUGAAUAUUUUCUGUUUAAAUUCUUUUACAGGGUUAAGUUUUACUUAUAAUUGUAACACAUAGUAAGACGUGUCGCAAACAAGAAGAAUUCUGAUAAAAUUAAGCCGCGUUUCCAUGACAACUAUAACGAAUAAUGGUAACUACUAAAUAGCCGAAAAUAUCGCAGUUUUUCGAGUUGUUUUCAAAAAUUAGUUCGGUGACCCCAAUUUUUUUUAAUAAAUCAGUUACGUUAGUGUCGAGAAAUUUUUUUAUUUUUCCAUCAUGAAAUCUUGAAGUAUGUGUCUACUCAUGUACAAAUUUUCAGGGUACCUUACCGAAUUCGUUUUGGAAAUAAUCACGGUUUUAUUUCGCGCGGCCAAAGUUUUUCACACUCUGCAAGAUCAAUGAAUUGACAUCCGCGUACAUGUUUUCGCAGGCGCAUCUCCAGAAAAACACGCAUAAAAAAGUUUUUAGCCGAGUCUCGUCGAAAUAUCAAAUAUAUAUUGUGUUUUCUUGCUUAGAAUUGCAAAUAUAUUUAGUUUUUCAUGCUAACUCGGGAUAACGCCAAGAAAACAGGUGAUUGUCGGUCGUAUGGUAUAAGAUAUGUGUGACAUGUAUGAACCUUUUGGAUUUUCUACAUAGUUUUAUAUUCGUUUUCAGUCUAACUUGUGUGUUUUCAUGUUGUUGUUGACAAGUUAAAACAGCUUGAGCCGGCGCAUGAUGCUGUUUCACUGAAUCCCUUUGCUGUUAGUAACACUUUGAAUACAUUUACCAGUUGUAAGUACAAAAAACUCUGGAUAUGAACUUAUAAAUCGCCAAAUAUUGGAGUAAAAAACUUUUCGCCGGUCGGGCCGAUCGCCAGUUUUCGCAAGAGUUUGAACGUUGAACAUUGCAUUUUUUACCUUAAAUUAAAUUGUCUUCUAAAAAGACUAGUUAUUCAAUGUUCAGAGCUAAAUCAGGACGAAGUUUGUUCUUUGAGGACAAAUGAGAACAAGGAAGACUCAAAACAUAAAAAUAAACUUGACUUAUGGUUCGGAUUUUAGACUGAAAAAGUUGUAUUUAUUUUUGCAUAUAUUUUUAACAUUUUCGCACGAAAACUCGAGAUUAGGUACCAGUCCCCCAACGAUGAAAAGUGUAUGGAGCCACCUUAAGCAAAACUCCUCACUUUUUGCUGCAGAGAGAUGAACAACAGUCGGAACUAAUCGGAAAACCUGGUUUGAAUCCCAAUCAUUGCAGUAUUCCUAUGGAAAAAGUGUUUUUCUUGGAUAUUUUUGCUUGAAAACAAACUUUUGACCGAAUUUUUUCACUCCUCGAAACUCGCCUUAGUCCUUUUGAAAGCUGAUUUUCCCGCGCGUCUGCUUCAAAGAAGUAUAGGCCUUCAUCAUAGGAGUUAGCCAGUUUACAUAUAGUCAUAGAUAUAUUAUAUACACCAGAUAGUGCAUCUAAAUAUUCUGCAAUUCAAAAAUUGAAGCCGUGAUUGCAGACUCGCGGGAUAUUCCCAUGAAAUGAGAAAACUCGUAUGUUUUCUAUUUCUUAAACAUUAACAUAAACGUAAACCUAUUCCAAAUACGUUUUCAAACUAUUCAAAUGAUGAAAGUUAUUGUUGAUUUUUAAGCGUUUAUUAGCGAGUAGGAAACUCGAACCUGGCCGCCAUCUAUUCAAAUGGGGGUAACCACUGGAAUAUCCUUGGCUUCAAUUUUACUAAUUGUAAAAGAUAUCUGUGCCUAUAGUUCAAUGGGUUCAUGUCAUGGGUUCAUGUCGGUUGAUGUCGACAGUUUUUCGAAAGAAAACAGGAACGAUAAUACAUAUGGAUUGUCUAUUUAUUUUCUAAAAUCAUAUUUGUUCAAUAAAUGAUGAAAUGUCUUGAAUUUUAAAAUUAUCCUAUUUUUUCAAAACUGCUAGCCUACUUUUGGGUUUCUAACCCUGAUUAGGUACAAGUAUAUGGAUUAUCGUAUUCGGGAUUCAGUGAUAUGGGGGACGAUAUCUCGGGACGAUAUAUCAAUUGUCCCUCGGUAGCGCUCGCUGCGCUCGCUUGUGACAAUUGUGAUAUCAACCCUCGGCGACAAAACUGAUAUCACUUCAUCCGGUAUAUAUGAUAACCUAUAUACAUAUCUUACUGAAUGGUUUGACAGUUAUGUACAUUUGCGACAAACAAGUGAAAUGCUCGACAGAAUUAUAUGUCAAACCAUUCAAUGGGUUGUUUGUUAAAUGACAAACCAUAAAAAAAAAUAGGUUUAAAUUUCUUGUAAUGAAAACAAACAUCUUGAAACAGGCUACGAAGUCGCAUACCUAAUUAGAAGCGUCUUAUAACACUGACGUCAACGUUCUUUAAUUUGAUUGGAUAAAAUAUUACAAACAAAGUAAACCUGUUAAUCAUGUUUUUUAAUCCUCAUCCAGCUGAAUUAUUAUCUGCCACAAAUUAAAUAAAAAAGCUGUUUUUAGUUAAUUAUAAAAGUUGUUAAAAAAAGUAAAUUAAGCGACGAAAAAAUAUCUAAACGACACAUUUAUUAAACGCUCAAUCGUUAUAGCUAACCAAGAAUUUCCAAAAUACUUUUCAAGUUGGUGAUUCUGCAAGCGAAAAAUGCAGUUUAAUUAACGGUCAACCAUGACCGGAAGAUUGUAGGCCUACGAGUUUAUAUCAGGCUUACGUUCAAACGGUCUAAUUACUACAAAUGUUCAAGUAAUGAUGUUGUUCAGGCAAUGAUGUUGUUCAAGUUUUGAUGAUUUCUUUUCGUUGAAAACUAGCUUUUGAAAUACAUUUUUAGAACAUUAAGUUUUUGUCUAUCGUAAUUUUGCUGCUGUUCUUCUGUUUUACUCAUUUCACUCUUGCGUUAUUUCAUUACUAUUUGAUUUUUGGAACAUUAUACCGUAUUCGAGUCAAUAACUUUGCUUCGUCGUCGACAGGAAAAACAUCAGCAGGCGAGGGCAAUACGGCUUUUGAUUUUACUGUGUAAUCCGCUCUCAGAUUUUUCGUAUUUUGGUGAAAUUUUUAAAAAUCACGUCAUUGUCUUAUAAUAACUUUGCAGAUUGCAUAAUCAUUACUUCUUUGCGAUUGUAAGGUUCAAAAGAUAGAUACGAUAAUGAUUUUAGUAAGCUGUCGUUUAUUACAGCGAUCUUACUAUUAGAUCAUUGAUGUGGUUUUAACAUAAAAUAGCUUCACUAUGUCGGAAUCUUUUGUAACUGCUUAUUUUUAUAAUUGCGGAGGUUUUCUUGGAAUAUAAUAAGGAGAAGUUCCUUCCCCUUGGACAAAGAUUUUGCAACAAUAUUUACUAGCCUAAUACUUAUACCUAGUUGAUAAUCAUUAUAGGGUUUAUGUUAUAUACAUACAUACAGCCCGCAAUAAAUUAAAGAAAAUUGACCGUUAAUCCUUUAUUUAAAAGUACUAAUUGAAGAAUAUCAGAAACUAAACAUAUAGAUCGAUCGACGGGUUGCAUCCUCUACGUCUUGUCACGCCGCCUCUUUGCAUGGAAGGCCUAUUUGUUGGCUUCACCGUGGGCAUGCAGUGCACAUGCAGUGCUUUAUCCACAUCCUAUGUCAACACAGAAUGAUAUACGUGUGUAAGAUAAUUUUACUGAAAUGUUCAACGUCAUAAGAAUCAAACAUCAGUUAGUCAGGUUUAAUUUCUGUAGAAAACGACCAUUCAAGAAAUUACGCCACAUCACGUGCUAUGAUUCAUUUUCUAAUAAUUAUAAAGGCCUUUAUUUCGCGAGCUUGCCACAGCAACAGGUCUGGGGCCGGUUGUAUAAAACUCUUAGUCACUUUUUUAUCACUAUUUUGUUGUUAAAUAGUGAUUAACUCUCAAAUAGGCGCUUCUUAUUGGAUGACAAUUCCCCUUAACUAUGAUUAACGUUAAUCACUUUUUUCAUACAACCGGCCCCAGCUCUGCAAAUUCUUGAUGAUUUGCAUUUUUCAUACUUUGAUCUUUCACUUGGAUGCAGGUAUGUUAGCAUACCAUGACCAAUUCAAUGCCUAGCUUUGUCACUGCUUUUACACAAACAUCAUUGUAACAAUCUCUCUCUUUCUAUAGACCAGGACAAUUGUGCGAUUAACAAUACCUGUCCAUCAAACUCGACAUGCGAAACUAUUCCUGGUACUAUCGCAUGUUCAUGUGACACUGGAUUUACUGGAAACCAGACAUACUGUCAAGGUAAACAUACAUAUAUAUUAUAUAUAUUUAAAAAACUCAUUAAUAAUUCAGGAGCAAAACACAAAGAAAAAUCAUAAGCGUGUCGUGGUUUUAUAUGUGAUAAAAAAUCAUGUUAAUUUACAUUAACUUUAGCUUUGAUUUUCUCGGUUUAGACAAAGUUUAUUUUAAAAAUUACUUCGCUAAUGUACUCAUCAGAAGAUGAGUAUGCUUUUUUAAGCCAUUUAAAGCACUCGUAGUCGUGUUUUAUCACAUAUAAAACACUCCGCUACGCGUCGUCUUUUAUAUGUGAUAAAACACUUCUACUCUAUUGUAUAUAUAUAUAUAUAUAUAUAUAGACAGUCUAAUUUGCAUCGUGGGCGAUUUUAAUCCCAAUUCAACCAAUAUAUCUUCCAGCCGCUUUCGUCAGUUAAGCGGCCUGGCGCAGAUUGUAAAAGUUUUCACAAGAGAUUCAGGCAUCCUUGAUUGGUGCUUAACAAAUAAACCUAAAAUUAUGUCUGUACCCGAGAAAUUACCCAAGAUUGGCUCCAGCGACCAUUACUGCUUUGUUGUCUCGAGCAAAACGACCGCCCAAAGAGACUAUCUUUAGACGAGACACCCGUGAUAGUCGAAUUCGAGAAUUUGGUCAGUGGAUAACCUCGUUUUCAUGGCAAGAGGUGAUCUCGAAAGGUUCGUGUCAAGAUAAAUUUGAAUGUUUCCAUCGUACUCUUUUAGGAGCUGUUGAAAAAUAUUUACCUAUGAAGGCAGUACGUAAAUGUCGCUCCGACAAGCCUUGGAUGACAAGCAAGAUAAAAUCAUUGAUUAGGAAAAGGCAAACAUGUAUGGCAAAAUAUGGGAAGGAGUCCUCUUCCUUCAAAUUUUGGAGAAAUAAAGUUGCUAAAUCCAUCAAAAAAUGUAAAGAAUCGUAUUAUAAGUCUAAAGUUAGAAACCUGAAAGUCACGGACGCAAGCAAAUGGUGGAGAGAAGUUAAAAAUCUUUCUGGUAUGGCUGACAGAAAUAACCAAUAGUUUGAGCACCUCAUUGAUGGUGAAACUGUAGAUUCCGUUAAUACGUUAUGCGAAAGAAUCAAUUAUUUCUUUGUAAAUCUCACAAAAGAUUUUACGCCUCUCUCACAGGACGAUGUUUCUAACUAUUCUACUGGUGAUUCUGGUAUUGCGGAUGAUCUCUUGGCUUCAACUGGUGAAGUUUAUAAAUUCCUUUGUUCUUUAAAGACAGGAAAAGCCCCGGGACCGGAUGGAAUCCCGAAUGUAAUUCUAAAAACGUUUGCCUUUGAGUUAGCGCCAGUUAUCGCUGAUAUUUAUAACUCAUCCUUACGUGAUGCCUAUUUGCCUCCUCUAUUAAAGAGAGCAACUGUUACACCUCUUCCCAAACAAUCUCCACCGGGCUCCAUUGAAAAUGGUAUCAGACCCAUCUCACUCACUUGCGAAAUUGCUAAAGUGAUGGAAGGUCUCACCUUAGCGAGAAUCCUGCCAUCCAUUAUAAGUCACUUGGAUAACAAGCAAUUUGCUAUGGCUGGAAAAUCUACGCAACAGGCUAUAGUAUAUAUUCUCCAUCUAGCCCUCGAGGCCCUUGACAAGGGUGGUUGCACCCUCCGAUUUUUCUUUGCUGAUUUCCGCAAGGGAUUCGAUCUGAUUGACCACAAGAUUCUACUUGAUAAACUAUCUAAACUUGGCACUCAUAACGUUGUGUUAGGAUGGAUCGCUGCCUUUUUAUAUAAAAGGUCUCAGUUCGUUCGUAUUGGGUUGGAUGCAUCUACACUUCAAUAUAUCAAUGGUGGUAUUCCACAAGGUACUAAGCUUGGCCCUAUCCUCUUUGCCGUAAUGGUGAAUGAUCUUUUGUCUGCGUGGGGCCUCCGUGCUAAGUUCGUUGAUGAUCUUACCGCUUUGGAAAUUGUACCUAGAAAUUCCCCUUCCUUGAUGAAUCAUAUCGUAGCAGAUAUCCACUCGUUUGCUGAAGUGAACAAUAUGAAGCUGAAUCCUGCCAAGUGUAAAGAUAUGAUUGUUAACUUUCUUCAUUUCAAUACUAGUGUUUUGCAACCUAUCAUCAUUGGUGCAACACGCGUGGAAUCUGUUUCAUCAUUUAAACUGCUCGGAGUGUAUGUUACCAGUGAUUUAACAUGGUCUGUGCAUUGCGAAUACAUUAUUAAGAAAUCCAAUAGGCGUUUAUAUGCGUUGAGGAAGCUUAAGAGGAGUGGGGUAGCCCCAACAGACAUCCUAUGUGUUUAUUGUGCAAUUAUAAGAUCAGUAUUGGAAUAUGCUUCCGUCGUUUUCGCCAACCUUCCUCAAAAUCUUAGCGACGAUCUUGAAAGGGUCCAGAAACGAGCACUGGCCAUAAUAUACCCUAACUGUUCCUAUGAUGAUGCCCUAAAACUAGCUGGUAUCGAACCGCUUGUCUUACGGAGGGACGCCGCCUGUAAGAGAUUUGUGGAGACAAUCCUACCUGGAAACCCACUCUAUCCAAUUGUUCAUAGCUGGUCAGCACCAGUGAACCAUGGUUAUAAACUUAGAUCUGACAAUGUUGCGAGGAAUAUCAGGAUGCGAACAGACCGGUUUCAGAAAUUCGUUACCAUUAAGUAUGCGACCUGA